AUGAAUAGGUUACUUUUUAUAGUUAUUAUCCAGGUAUUUGUCACAUGUGUCCGGGCGAGUGACAAUGUGUUCUGGUAUGACAAACCGGCCGCGGAUGGCAUGAAUGAGGCCGUGCCUAUCGGUAAUGGAAGGUUUGGUGGAUUGAUUUAUGGACACCCGGAAAAAGAGAGAAUAAAUGUGAAUGAAAUCACUUUAUGGACGGGCGAUGACAACCCGUCCCAAGAGUACGGCGGCCCCGGUUUCGGUGAUUACCAGACUUUGGGUAAUCUUAUCGUUGAUUUACCGCAACAUAAGGACAACACUCACUACAAGCGAACCCUUGAUGUCGGGGACGCCGUCGCGACCGUUGAGUACGAGUCACACGGAGUUCAAUACAAGCGGGAGAUCUUCGCUAAUCAUCCGUCGGAGGUAAUGGUCGUCCGGUUGACCGCCAAUCAGGGAAAGGCAUACACCGGACACAUAGAGCUACAGGACUCGCAUAAACAGGCCGUUCACGCGGCGGACAACUCUAUCUCAGUGGACGGAAAACUUGAGAAUGGGUUGAGGUUUGCGUGGAAAGUAUCGGUACAUAACACGGGCGGGAGUCUCAAAGUGAACGGUGCGGUCAUUGAGUUCAAU